UAUAACAAGAUAAUUUUGGCUUUACGAACUAAGUUGAUUAUGAAAAUCUGCCAAAGUAAAGAGUUUAGAAUAUAAGAGUAAAUCUAAGAGUUUAAAACCUGACGUUUCGAGUGUUAGCCCUUCGUCAGAGAGAAACAGGAAACGUCAGCUUUGAAACUCUUUACGGUGGCCAAUUUUCAUUAUCAACUUGGUCCAUAAAGCCAAAGUCAUCUUGUUAUAUAACCCCACCGACGCAGCACCACAGCUUCUUUAAAAACUUAUCCUCUUUCAUCAUUACAUCAGUUCGUAAGACGUUUAUUUUAAUUUCUGGAGACGUUUUAUUUUCCCUUUUGCGAAAUACAGGUGUCAGCGGUUCUCUGAUUCAGCACGACUUUUUUGCAAUAAUAAUAUGGCCAAUCGAAAAAAAAUCCUCAGGCUGCCUGUUCCAUGAGAAACUAGUUUGAAGUUACAUUGCUGUUCUGAACGACUUCUGGUUAAAUUCAGCAAUCCCAUUUAAGUUAAAGGUGAAAUAAUUUAUCAUCCUACCUUAGGGAAGGCAUCGACUCAGUUGAUCAAACCAAAACUAUCUUGACGUUCUUCUGAACAUCACCCUGAUGGUUUCUCUGCUAUCGACAUAUUCUAAUUGUCACAUAUUUGCAAACUACAAAAAGAUAUUAGUGAGUUGUCAUGGAAACAUCCCCAUUGACCGGACAGUGUAAUAAUUUACAAAUGUUUUCUUUAUAAAUUUCAGGAUAUACGCAUGAGACUUAAGAUUGAGAGGUUUAGAAAUUAUACAGCUUCAAUAUUUUAUACUUGGGGUUUCCGCUGAUUCACUGUUGGACCUUUUACGACUCUCUUUUAUCGUUUAUCAAUAACAAUUCCGUUACAGAGGUGAUUUUCUUUGUUUUGCAAACUAUCUUAAUAGCGAAAACGUGGUUUGCUAUAGGUGCGGCCGCUUUGUUAUGAUAAUCGUGAAAAGAUUCAACACGUAAAACUGCAUUAUCAAAAUACGUUAGUGCAGUGCUCGGAACAACAAGUGUUUUACGUAAAACAGACAUCUCGUGGAUUAUGAUUUCUCGUGUCAAAGAGUGCUAGGAUAUAGAGGCUAAACAGGACUCGCCACACAGCUAGUUCAUCAAAAGUUUCUCAGAAGAAAGUCAAGAAGAUAGUUCAUCUCGUCAACUCAUCAGUUCUUUCGACUCAGUUGAAAGUAUUAUUUUGACAUUUGAUUUUCUUGGUAUUAUCAUAUCCUAUGGAUAAUAAUACGGCACCCUACUUCAACGAGUCCCGCAAUGCAACGGUACUUUCAGAUCAUCUGCACGAAGUCAGCAACCAGCUUGAGACAAACAACACAGAAGUUGCAAAAUUGAUUUCCAUUGCAACAGUUAUCGUCCUCAUCAACAGUUUGGUCCUUUAUUUAUUUUUCAAGAAUAGAUCUCUGCGGACCGUUUCAAACUAUCCACUUUUCAGCUUGGCAACUUGUGACUUCUUCUGCGGAAUUGUAGUCAUUCCUCUAUUUACAAUAAUGUAUUUUACGCCAUUGGUACAAUCCCAAGGUGCAACAAGGUUCUAUCUGGGAUUUUUGGUAACAGUUCUUCACAACUUCAUAGCCAUCGUCACUGUUUACCACAUAGUUAUUGUUACGGGGGAACGUUACAUGGCGAUUAAAUUUCCAUUUAAACAUCGCGUUCUUGACCAAAAGAACGUCCUAACAGUGCUAACUACUGUCUGGAUUUCCUCGCUUCUAAUAUCAUCAAUUCCAUUUACCUGGAUUCAUAAGAUAUAUCCAGUAAAAAAGCCAGUUUCUUCAAGGUUAGCAUUUGGUUUCACUAUAUUCUGCUCGAUAUUUGUCUUGGUUCUACCCUACAUUUUUUUGAUGUAUGCAUUCGCUGACAUGUUUAAAGGCGUCUAUGGUAAACCAAGGGAUAAGCAUCAACGUAAUAAUGAUUCCGGAAUGGCUCUGCGCCGCAGUAGAAGCAUUGAAAAACAUUCAGGUAGCGAGUUUAAGUGUCUAACACUAUUCGUCAUUAUGUCGUCCGUAUUUCUGAUUUGUUGGCUUCCUUGGUUUGUGGUAUUUCUGUUAUACCAGUUGUCCUUCGACACCUCUAAAUUGCUUGUACCGUCUCAAGUGGCGCUUUUUAUCCGCUACAUGACCUCAGUUGUCAACCCGCUGCUUUACACUUUUCUAAAAAGAGACUUUUUGCAGACUCUUAAAUUUACCUUCAGGAGACGCAGGCAAGUUUCGCAUUCAGUUAUCUAUCCUAAUGGAAACGAGACAUUGCAAACAGAAUUUAACCAUUCUGGAGUGUCAGUCACUCAUUCACGUGAUAGGCAAUCUUCCAAGGCGGUGAAUUUAGGCACCAUCCAAGAGGGUGAGGGGUAUUUUGGUGACAGUGAGUGUUGAUAAACCCCAAGUAAUGUACUAACGGUGAACAGUCCUAAAAAUUGUUUGGAGUUUGUAAUUGUGAUGACAAAGGAGGUAGUUUUUAUUAUUUUCUUUUCUUUUUCAAACAGUAGAGUUUGCAUUUUAUGAGCUAAUGAUGUCAACCGACAAAAAAAAUUUGUCGAAUUUGAGUUUGGCCAUGAACACAAACUAUCUUAUUUUAUCUAUAUGCAGAGUACCAACACUUUACGUUUUGGACUGCUCUCCUUCGUGAGAUGUAAUUCAGUUUAGGCCGCGGUCAAGUCAAUUGAUCAACUUCUCGGCCAGAAGUAAGCCUGUGAGUUCGGGCUCACACUUAAACCGAUUAAAACUCGUGACUAAUUUGCAAACACAAGGUAGGUUCGAUUUCCGCCGCUCUCUCUUGCCUCCUUCAAGGGAAGAACGCAAGCUAUUAUCCCGAGCAGUUUUUAAACCGAAUAGGUGACCAAGCUUAUU